UGUUUGAAGCAGUCAGCUGAGCCCAACUUGUGCGGACGCGGCUCUAACCUCGUACAACAUGCAGGAUCACAAGGAUCACGUUUAACUCUGUGCACAGUUUGUCAACGUGUACAGAAAACCAUCCAGUUUUAAACACCCACUCUUUUAAUUACACUUCGCCGUUCUUUCCCCGUGAAGAAUAGCCUACCGAUUUGGAGGCUGUUGCGCAGGGGUUUGGAGGUGCAUGUUACCGAUCACACCGAGCUCAGUGACACUGAGAAUGGCCUUAGCUGGAUGCCCAGACUACUUCCUCCAUCAUCCAAACUACCAGGACAAUGUUGACUGCACACCCUCUCACAGACCAUCAAAUCUAAUCAGCUCAAGCUUCCAGCAGUCGACGAUUCGGAAUUCUCCUAAUCACCCAGAGGAUGAUGUAGAUCUGGAGGCCCUGGUGAAUGACAUGGCCUCUCUUUCAUCCUAUGAGAGUAUCUAUGCAACCUGUGGGACCCAGCAUUCAGACUCCGCCCCCCUCUUGCACCGCACUGAUGGCAGUGGGCUCCAUGGCAACAGAGUGGCCCCACUGCCACGGGCCCCUAGCAAUAAAGUGACUGCCCCCCACUGUCCUACCCAAAAGCUCCGACGAUCACAGCCAAUGCACAUACAGGCCGUCAGACGACUUCAAGAAGAAGAGUUUCAAGUUCGUCCGGCGUCUUUGCCAGCUAUUCCGAACCCUUUCCCUGAGCUCUGCAGCCCCUCGGGAUCUCCUGUGCUGAGCCCUGGAUCUCUGCCACAGCCAUCAGAGUCACAUAUCAUCAAGGUUUUCAGCGAGGAUGGUGUGGGAAAAGUUGUGGAAGUCCCCGCCGACAUGACGGCUAGAGAUGUGUGUCAGUUCCUGGUCUACAAGAACCACUGCCUGGAUGACAACUGCUGGUCGCUAGUGGAGCAUCAUUCCCAGCUUGGUCUGGAGAGGUGCCUGGAAGAUCAUGAACUGGUUGUUCCUGUGCAGGCCUGCAUGUCUCCAGAGAGCAAGUUUCUCUUCAGAAAGAACUACGCCAAGUACGAGUUCUUCAGAAACCCACUGAACUUCUUUCCGGAGCAGAUGGUAGCGUGGUGUCAGGAAACUAAUGGCUCUAUCCCACAGUCACAGCUCUUACAGAAUUUCUUGAAUUCCAGCAGCUGUCCAGAGAUCCAGGGCUUCCUUUAUAUGAAAGAGACGGGCCGCAAGUCCUGGAAGAAGCUCUACAUGUUCUUGCGCCGUUCUGGACUGUACUACUCUACUAAAGGAAUGUCUAAGGAGCCAAGGCACCUGCAGUUACUGUUGGACUUAGAGGAGAGCAAUGUUUUUACUGUGACGACGGGCAGAAAGAUGCACAACGCACCCACAGACUACCAAUUCUGCAUUAAGCCCAGUAAGGGCAGGACAGAACAGAAGGAGUUGAAGAUGCUGUGUGCCGAGGACGAGCAGAGCCGUACGUGCUGGAUGACUGCUUUCAGACUGCUCAAGUUUGGAAUUCUCCUGUAUCAGAACUACAAGAGCCCACACCAGAGAAAGACUGCCAUAUCAAACUUCACCACACCUGUGCGGAGUGUGUCUGAGAAUUCGCUGGUGGCCAUGGAUUUCUCAGGAAGGACGGGUCGUGUGAUUGACAACCCUGUGGAGGCUCAGAGCGCAGCCAUGGAAGAGGGACACACUUGGAGAAAACGAGGUCAGAGAAUGAAUGUUUUGGGAAGCCCCAGUCCUCUACAUCCCUCGCCGUUAAGCUCAGUGAUCCACAGGACGCAGUUAUGGUUCCAUGGCCGAAUUAUGAGAGAGGAGUCCCACAGGAUGAUUACGCAGCAGGGCCAAGUUGAUGGGUUAUUUUUAUUGAGAGACAGCCAGAGCAACCCAAAAGCAUUUGUUCUCACGCUGUGCCAUCAUCAGAAGAUUAAACACUUCCAGAUUUUACCUUUUGAGGAGGACGGCCAGGUCUUUUUUAGUCUUGAUGACGGCUCUACCAAGUUCACAGACCUGAUCCAUCUGGUAGAGUUCUACCAGCUCAACAGGGGCAUCCUGCCCUGCAAACUCAAACAUCCCUGCACCAUGGUGGCCUUAUGACCCCCUCCUGAUCCUUACACACAGACACACACACACACACACACACGUACAUAUACACACAAGUAACUGAGAACCUGGAUGCUUUUUUUCAAUGAUAAUUUCCAGUCAUUUUCACAAUAAGCUGACACAACCCACGGGCACGAAAAGAUCUCUGUUUUUCCCACUGCUCUGGGAUUAGCACGUUUGGGAAAAAUUAUGGGACAAGAUCAACUUCCCGAACACCCUGUCCUUUGGUUUUGAGAAGGAUGGCGUUUUUUUUUUUUUUAAUGGUCUCUGUGGUGAUAUUCAUGAACUUUCACUGAAAUCAACACUUUUUCAUCAUUCAGGACGUGACACUAGACACACCCCCCAUGAACUGAUUGGAUCGGGGCGGUUGUUUCGUGUGGUGUGUCUGUGGAGAAGUUACUUGAUGACGAUUGAUAUGUAUUAUGUUUUUUCCUACCUGAAUAUUUUGCACUCUCAAGCUGAAAACCCUGAGCUUACCGCAACAACUGUUACCCAUUUGCCUUCCUCCUACAGCUCACCCUUUCAUUUUUUGUCCUCUUCUAAACUCUUCCUGGGGAUUCCCUGUGUAAUGAUGGGAUUAGUGCAGCAGCGAUCACAGUAAUGACAAUCUGAGGUGACAAAUCCUCAGCCAAAUAAUGUAACCUGGUCUUUCAAACAUUGCUAUGUCUAUGUCAGCGAAGAGGGACUAGCAGCAAGGGGUAGCAGACUUGCACUUCGAGAAAUUAUACUUGAUUGCUAUGCUUUACCAGCAUAAGAAAUAGUUAAGUUUGGAAUUCUAAUCAAGCUUUGCCUAAAAGGAAUGUUCUGGGUUAAAUAUAACUUAAGCUCCAUCAACAUUCUCAAUCGCAUGCCGUUGAUUACAACAGAAAAUAUACUUUAAAAAACAAAAGCAUGUCGACAGUCACCUGCUUAUAAUGCAGCUACAUUUUUCUCAAUGAACUUGCUUUGUAAGUGGAUUUCAAUCAAAUUUUGUAUUCAGUUUGAUUCCAAGGUGUCAGACAAGUGUUUAUGUUAAAAACUAAAUUAUGCCACAUAGUUUAAAGGGGCUGUUCACCAAAAACAAAAAAUUGUCAUCAUUUGUCAAAAUGGUCAUCUUGUUUUUUUGAGUUAAUGGUCCCUUUAAAUCUGAUUUAACUCAGAAUGUAGUAGUUUGGGGCACAAAGGUUUUUAUAAUUAUCCAGCUCAUCUUAAUUCAGAGAAUUUGUUCUGUUUAAGAAGACGAUGGCCUGUUUAGUCUCAAUGAAUUUGCAAUGUUUUUUUUCAAAAUGCACGCAUUUCGCUCCUGGCGUUGAAAGGCCAUUAUUGAUUGUGCGUAGUUUAUAUUUAGAGCCAUCAAAAACUUGACUCGGGCCUUAAAGCGCCACUGAAACUUGACACAAGAGGGUUGUUAUUUGUUUCCUACGCUGACUCCAGGACGUGUUACUUAGCUAUUAGUAUAGCCCGAAGCUUAACAACUGCCUUUCCAAAUCACUGUGCUGUUCUUGAGCCAUGUUAAACCCCUGAAGUGACAGGCCAGGCCCGGACUUAGCACCUGCGGGGACGCUCGAGGCCUUUGCGAUUUCCCGUCUCACAAGCGUGUCCGUAAUCCUCCGGGGCUACGUGACAUAAUGCGGUGAGGAGAUUAUCUCCCGUGCCAGCUUUGCAAAAGGAGGUUAGCGGCAAAAAAGCCGGUGUACGGUUACCUGCGGCGCUACUCCAGCAGUCUCCUGUCUGUCCCUGACCCCUGCCUUGUUACCCUUCCAACACUGGCCCAGCAAGUCUAAGCUAUGGUUUUAUAUGCUAACUCUGACAGCUGACUGUUAUACUGCUGAGCUAGAACCACACACGCCUAGGACGAGAGUGUGUACCAUGCACACUGCGAUUGACAAACACUUUAUACCACACAAGCACCUUUUGAUUUUCACAUUCGAUUCACGCUGCUUAACUUAUGUGAAACGCUUUAAAAACUUCAUCUCAGAUGUUAGCUACGAGCCUGAUCUGCCUUAUCUUACGUUAACGCUUCUUUGCCGCUUCAUACGUAAAUCGUCUUUGUAAAUUGUUACGAAAACUACAAGCUUGAAGCAUUCAUCGUCAGGGAUUGCGGUUGGUUGUUCGUUUAGUAAUUUAGUGACAGUUCCAGCUUGCAUGAGUUAGGCAAGGACGCCCAUACGCAGUAUGUUCUUAUUGGAAUAGGCUACGUAAGUGUGAACGCUGAUUCGUUCCGUCCAGGUGUUUGGAUAAUGCUUCUUUUUAUCAGACUUGUGCUGUGUGGCUCACAAUUAUGAAAAGCCAAACAUGCAUGUAAAAAAAUCAACUUCCCUGAUCUUUAAUAAACCGUUUUGGUGGAUGUUUUUGAACACAUGUGAUUUGAGAUUAUUUGACAUGUAGGCUAUGUUUGGCUCAAAUGUAGCUUUGUCUAUUAGAAACAUGGAAACAUGGAAACACGUCACGCUCUUCUAAGUAUGUGAAGCCUAAGGAGAGGUAGUAGAUCUAACACUGUAUUAAAACACCAUCUGUGAGUAUAUAAAUGUGGUCCACUCCAAAACAGAAUGAAGAUUUUGUGCAUAAAGUGCAAAUUAUGCAUAUUCCCUCUCGAUUUUUACCAGUGUGAAAUAUUUUUUAGCUUAUGUUGUGUUUUCAUUUUUAUGUCACAAAUGUCUUUUUAUAAAGAGUAUAUAUUACAGUAUUAAAUUAAAAAAUGUC